CUAACCCAGGUUUGUCCAUUUCUUCGGUGCAGAAAAGAAGAGUUGAAGGGCGGUACUUCGGAAGCCGCAGCGAGUCAAAGGAAGAAGCAGAGGAGGAAUUAAGCUGUGUUGGAAUCAUCUCCCCACCAGAGGAAAUGGCUGAAAGGAAGGAGAGAGAAUGCUCAGCCCCAGCACUCUGGCUCCAGGCAAAAGCAGAGCAGGGGAUGAAAAUGGACCUGAAAAAUCUUGGAGUCCUUAAACCUGAGACAGGCUCUGGGAUGGCCUUGCUUGCAGAAGCCCAGAGCAGACCUGUGGGGCAUGAGGGGCUGCUGCAGCUCUGGGAAACCCAGUGGCAGGCGUUCCUCAAGGCAAUGGAGUCCCCUCACUGUGGGACGGGGAUCCCACCACUGCCAGAAGCUACUUCUUGGGGCCAAGCAAAGACCCUCCUGGCUCCCUAUGAGGAAGCCUCUGUGGCCGGCCAACAGUCUAGCGAAAGGUCUCUCGUGAGUCUCCGGGAAGCAUUCCAGCAGGAACAGGGGAAGGGUGGCCCAAGAGACAAAGGGGACUGCAGGAAUGUGAAGGACAAGAGGGAGACUGAGGAAGUGGACGUGAGGCGCCAACGUUUCAGACACUUCUGCUACCGUGAAGCUGAGGGGCCGCGAGAGGUUUUCAGCCAGCUGUGGGAACUUGGCCAUCAGUGGCUGAGGCCAGAGAUGCACACCAAGGAGGAGAUCCUGGAGCUGGUGAUCCUGGAGCAGUUCCUGGCCAUCCUACCCAAGCAAAUUCGGAACUGGGUGAAAGAACGGGGGGCGCAGAGCUGUGCCCAAGUGGUGGCCUUGGCAGAGGAUUUCAUACUGACUCAGAGGGAAACCAGGAUAUGGGAACAGCAGGACACUGAUUUGUCCAAGGAAGUGGUCGUGAAUUUCCCUCACGAAGAGGAGGCAUCCCCAGGUAAUGCCCAGAGGAGGAUCUGGAAUGUAGUGAAGCAAGAGAGUGAAGGAAAUGCCAACUUGGUGGAUAAGAGAUUCACAAAGAAGGAAAAAGCUGAUAGCCAGGAAAGUUCUGGGCAAGCUGGACCACGUGACAUUUCAGAGGAAAGAGCCACAGAGAAUGGCAUCGAGUCUCAUGAGCAGACUGUUGGUCUACAUGGAAGACCAGAUAACUCCAUUGCUAGCAGGGGGAGCUAUCCAGACUUGAGUGACAUCACCAUCAAAGAAGUGACCUCAGCUGAAUUUGAUCAGUGUUCAAACUUCAUGAAGCGCACGAGAACCAAUAUGGAUGAGAAACCAUAUCAGUGCUGGGACUGUGGGAAAUCUUUCUCUACGAAGGAUAAACUGAUCAGACAUCACAAAACCCACACAGGAGAGAAACCGUACAAGUGUUUAGACUGUGGGAAAUAUUUUAGUACCAAGUACGGGCUCUUCAGGCACUAUCGGAUCCACAAAGGCGAGAAACCGUACGAAUGCUCAUACUGUGGGAAGUUUUUCCGGAUGAACUAUGACCUUGUGAGGCAUCACAGGAUCCACACUGGGGAGAGGCCGUUCAAAUGCUCAGAGUGUGGGAAGUCCUUCAGGCUGAACUCUGACCUUGUCAGGCACCAGCGGAUCCACACAGGGGAGAAACCAUUUGAAUGCUCGGACUGUGGGAAAACCUUCAGCGUAAAAGGCAGCCUCGUGGCCCAUAUCCGAGUCCACAAGGGGCUUAAAACAUACAAAUGUGCUGACCGUGAGAAGUGUUUCAACCAGAAUUCAAAACUUAAGACUCAUGUGAGAAUUCAUACGAGAUAGCACCCCUAUAAAUGCCAGGAAUUUGAGGUCAGUCCUUUAGCAUAGAGUUGGGGAUCCCCAACCUUUUUGAGCCUGCAGGCACCUUUAGAAUGGUAGGCACAAUCACAAAAUGGCUGCUGCAGGAGGUGAAGCCAACCACAUGUCAGGAAGUGAGAGUAUAUAUAACUAAUAGGACCUCUUCAGCAUUUUAGGAUGGCUGUUAAUCUGCACAACCAAUCAGAAGCCCUGCCGGGCAAAAGCCCUCACUUGAUGGGCACCAGGAAAGAUGUCUGUGGGUGCCAAAGUGCUCAUGGGACCAUUUUGGGGACCCCUGUUAUAGAGUAUACACUUGAAUAUCUGUAAGGAGGGUUAUUCAAGCAGUUUUUGAAGGAGGUCCUGGUCUGGGUUUCACCUUCCCAGGAGGUGAGGUUUUGUGGUACCUAGGGCUUUUUUUGAGCAGGAACGCACAGGAAUGCAGUUCCGGCUGGCUUGGUGUCGAGGGUGUGGCCUGAUAUGCAAAUGAGUUCCUGCUGGGCUUUUCCUCCAAAAAAAGCCCUGUGUGAAACAAUGGUGCCAUAAAGGGGUGUGGCCUAAUAUGCAAAUGAGUUCCUGCUAGGCUUUUUCUACAGAAGAUAGUCUCAUUUGUGGCUCUAUAACUGGGCAGUUCUCUCCCAGGAGAGGCCCAGCAAGCCAAUUUGCUGGAUAGCUGUAGACAGCUUGCCAGCACUUUUCCUCUUUGGCAAACUUUUCCUCUUUGGCAACCCCCCCAGGCCAUUAUUAUUUUAAAAGUUAUUAUUUAAAAUGUAUCACAAGAUCUAGAAAGAAAGGAAAACAUAUGUAUCUCUGGCUUGGAAAAAUCCUUUGACCACUUCAGCAAAUCCAGUCAAAUCAACGAGAAUGUUUUUUGGUUAUGUGAGCAGGCCACAUGGGGCAGCUGCCUGAGAUGCAUUUUUCCCCAUCAGCUUCUGGGGAAGGGUCUGAGCACAGGUGAGCACUCUCUGAAACUUUAAUUUCUGCACCCAGGAAACUCACAUUCAGCACCAUGAAAAGUUAGGAUUCUGUAAAUGGAAUAAAUAAUACCCAGCUGAGUGAAUUUGUAUAAUUUCUCUAAUUUUGCAUCAUUAUCUUCUAUUUACAAAAUAAAUAAAGACUAAAGUGCUAAA